UCAGCUGCUGUUCUUGUCGUUGGAAAUACAACUCCAGUCCUUCACACUUCUCGCUCCACCUACAGAGUUGGACCUUUUCCAGUGACCAGAACGCAGUCGUUCCAGAGUUUGACUAUGGCAAAUUUGCAGAAGCUUCCCACUUCUUCGUCUGGGAAAUUGAAUACGGCUUCAGCUGUGCCCUGUAGCUCUCACGAUGCUUCUCCUAUCAGUGAGAAUCGCGAGAAUAAACAUGUCCAUGGAGUUUCUGAGAAAAUUGUGGGAGUUCUUGGGGGUGGACAAUUGGGUCGUAUGCUUUGCCAAGCUGCUUCUCAGUUGGCUAUCAAAGUGAUGAUUUUAGAUCCUUCUAAAAAUUGUUCAGCAAGUGUAUUGUCCUACGGUCACAUGGUUGAUAGCUUUGACGACAGUGCUACAGUAGAAGAAUUUGCAAAAAGACUUGCCACCGAUGUUGCCCAAAAGGCUGUCGGUUCUUUAGAAGGUGCUGGUGUUUUUGCAGUUGAACUGUUCUUGACAGAGGAUAGUCAGAUUCUGCUAAACGAAGUUGCACCUAGACCACACAACAGUGGCCAUCAAACGAUCGAGUGCUGUUAUACUUCACAGUUUGAACAACACUUGCGAGCUGUGGUUGGUCUUCCACUUGGUGAUCCGUCAAUGAGAACUCCGGCGUCCAUUAUGUACAAUAUUCUGGGAGAAGAUGAUGUAAUUGAUGGAGAAGCAGGUUUCAAAUUGGCUCAUCGGCUUAUUGCAAGGGCUCUGUGUAUUCCAGGUGCAUCUGUUCAUUGGUAUGACAAGCCAGAAAUGAGAAAGCAGAGAAAGAUGGGUCACAUCACUCUUGUUGGGCAGUCUAUGGGCAUUUUGGAACAAAGGUUACAAUGCAUAUUAAGUGAGCAAAGCCACCAAGUACACGAGACACCUCGUGUUGCUAUCAUCAUGGGUUCAGACACGGAUCUUCCUGUUAUGAAGGAUGCUGCCAAAAUUCUGGACCUGUUUGGUGUGACACAUGAGGUAAAUGUUAAGAUCUGCUCGAAUAAUUGA